AUGAGAAGAAGAGAAAAAUCUACAGAAAUGCAUUGGACAAGGAGACUUAAUGAAGCUAUCCCUGACAAUUUUGCCAUCUCCGGUCAGCAAACUGCUUCCAGCAUACUUGGGAUGGCUUUUCAAACGCAAAAUAUAGUUAUAUGCAAGACAAAUAAAUUUUACGACUACACGAUUUUGCAUUUAUUUAAGCAAGAAGAAGUAGCAAAUUCUUGA